UCUUACCUCCCACAUCCCUCCUCUCCCUCUUCCCCUGCAAAAUGCCGUAAUGGCGACUAGCGGUACAUCUCUGCGGCUGGCUAUAAACCUAAAUUUAUGUUUUUUAUUGGUAAAUUUAGCUCUAAUCGACGCUUUAGAAGGUUUUCCAAGCCGAGAAUAUGUUCACAGUUGGGCCGAAAAUUUUCAAAGUCGUGUUUCGCAGGAGUUGGAUAAAUUCACUGGAUUAAAAAAUCUUGAAACGAAAUUCGAUGAUUUACGAAAAGCCAAACCAACUAAAGUGGAUGGUCACAGCUUGGUUGAUAGAAUGGCCCAAGAUCUCUCAGCGAAUCUGUUUGUAAAGACUCAAGCAUUAGAUAGAUUGGUUGCUGCUGCAGAAGAAGUCAUAAAAAAUUAUGCUUUUGAUCCUGCAGUACAGCUGAGUGAAGAAGAAUUCCUUAAGUUGAAAGAUCUUAGGCAAAAUGAUUCUAAGUUGCAGUAUAAUGAAAAAUUUAACAAAGCAGUGAAUACCCAAUAUUCUGGAGUUCACAUACCUGUAGAAAUUUAUGAAAAAUCUCUGGAUAUUCGCAAUGGCUUAAAAUGGUCUUCUAAACUAGACACUGUUUUUAAGAAAAAUGCUGAACUAGAUCCAGACAUAAUGUGGCAGUCAUUUGGAAGCCAGUCUGGCUUUAUGCGUGUUUAUCCUGCUAGUUGGUGGAUCACCUUACCCAGGAAACCAGAAUUUCCAGACUUAUAUGAUGUUCGGCUAAGACCAUGGUAUGUCCAUGCUACAAGCUCUCCUAAAGACAUGUUAAUAUUAAUGGACUUGAGCGGAAGUAUGCAUGGGCAAACAUUAGAAAUUAUGAAAAUUGCUGUCAAAACGUUGCUAACCACUCUUGGUGAAAAUGACUUUGUGAACAUAAUAUCUUUUAAUACUACUGCCAAAUGGAUAUCUUGUUUUGAUACUUUAGUUCAAGCUAACAGAAGAAAUAAACAAAUACUUUCUAAAAGCAUUGACACUGUUGAAGAUGGCAACAUGGCUAAGCUAGAUGUUGGUCUUGAAUUUGCGUUCAGAGCUUUCGAACAGUUUCGUGAGAAUCGUACUGAAAUGUGGGCUGGGUCAGAUUGCAAUCAAGUAAUCAUGCUGUUUAGCGAUGGUGGGACCGAAGAAGCAUGGGAAGUUUUAGACAAAUACAAUUCUGAUAAAAGUAUAAGAGUAUUUGCUUAUGCUAUUGGUCCUCAUCCUGUACCUUAUGCCACUUUAAAAGAAAUAGCCUGUACUAAUAGAGGUUACUUCACGUCGAUUCAAGCAAUGGGAGCUGUCAGAACCAAGAUUCAAGAUUAUGUUAAAGUUCUUGGCCGUCCCUUGGUUUUAAAUUCAAGCAAAAACUAUGAAUGGACAAACCUAUAUAUUGAUCCUUUGAAUUUGGGUAUGAUGACAACUGUGACACUACCAAUAUACAAUAGGACAGAUGAUGGAAAUCAGACCUUAGCUGGUGUUAUGGGUGUUGAUAUAGCUUUAAAUCGAUGGAUAGACUUUGAACCAUCCUAUGAAAUUGGCCCUGCUGGUUAUUCAUUUGGGAUAAAUCACAAUGGCCAAGUAGUAUUUCAUCCCGAUUUGAAAACAGAUUUUGAAUAUAUUGAAGAUCCGGCCAAUUUAGAUUUUCUAGAUGUUGAAAUAAAAAACCCUGCCAAGGAAGAGUUACGUAAUGCUAUGAUUGAUUUAAAAUCUUCAAAGCGUUCUUUAUCAAGUCUACUGAGAAUGCCUGAUGGGAAACACAUAGUAAGGCACCACAUGGAAUAUUUUUACACACCGUUAAAUGAAACAACAUUUUCAAUUGCAAUUGUCAUGCCAACUGAUAGGACACAUUAUUUGCAUAUAGAAGAUCAAGAUCUAGAAGAAGGUUUCAACCUAAAAGAGAAGGAACUUCUUGGAAUGCAUCUUGCUCCUUGGAAAUAUUGCAAUAAUUAUGUACUGAAAAUUAGCACUGGAGAAAUUAUUAGAAACUUAUCCAAGACAGCCAGAAAUAAGCCAGAAUUGUGUAAAAUGCAAUUAAUUAAUCGGCUUGUAUGGGAUAUUUUUCGAACAGAUGACAUUAUGCAUUACUGGAGAACAGAGCAAAAAGAUAAAAAACGUCAUUCAACCAAACGUUGGAAGUCGAAACAUUGGAAGCUGUACCAAAAAUUUCAUUUAACGCAAAAUAAAGUGAGAGGUACUUUUGUCCAAACAGAAGGAGGUCUCACAAGAAUUUACCCUCCCAGUGCCAGUGAUUACUUGAGGGACCAAUUCAAUCCAUCCAGAUCUUUGGUAUUUCAAAGAGCAUUUUAUGGUGAUGAUUAUGUUCUCCUGCCUCCAGAACCUGAAUAUGAUGUGUCUGCUAAUCAGACUGAUGCUGUUGUUACUAUUGUGAAAACUAUUUCCUUUGCCCGCAGUGGCAUUACCUAUAAACCUGCUGUUGUUGGUGUCAUGGUGGAUCCCUUGUGGCUUCAACCCUAUCUCCUAUCUUCUGGUGCUGGUAUACCAUAUAGUUGUGAUGAUAUAGACAAUAUUGUAUGUUAUAUUAUUGAUGAUGGAGCUUUUAUCAUCACAACAAAUCAACCUGAUAUUUUGAACGUGAUGGGAAAGUUUCUCGGUACUAUUGAUGCAGAAAUCAUGUUAGAACUGUAUGAAAAGAAGAUUUAUGAAAGGAAUGAAGAUUUUAAUUAUGAAGAUCGUUGUAAAAAAGAAGUUAAAGUUAGUGCUGGAUUUAGAAUAUCUCCCAUUCCCUUCCAUUCUACAUUUGCUGCUUUAGAUUUUGCUUGGGUUUUUGAUUAUGCUGCCUGGUCAUAUUUAAAGUAUUGGUUUCUUAGUUUAUUUUCGUUUUGGAAACUUCCAAGAUCUGAAGCUUUGCCUGAGUUUUAUGAGCUUGCGAACGAGACAACUUGUAAUACACAUGAAGCUCAAUACUACUGGGGUAGAUGGGGUAGAAGCAACAGUGGUGACAUCUUCUGCAAUAACUGCACAAGACAUUAUUCUCUGGCUAAAGUUGGACAGAUGAAUGCUGUACUUAUUGUGUCAACAAAGCCUUGUGCUCCUCUCUACUGUGAUUAUGUCCCGCCAUUACUACAAGCCAAGGAAGAAGUGCUUAAUACUGAAAAUAGUUCUUGUGAUCGUCCUUUGAGGUAUCGAAGGAGAAUAGACAGAUGUUUUUCCUUCAGUCAAGAUGAGAACAGUUCCGAAUGUGGUGCUGUGGGUACUUUAGCUUUACCUCAUUUAGCUCUACUAAUCGAAUUGAUAAGUUUAUUGCUCGUCACAAAAUUACUUUACAGUGAAGAGGGUUUUUUGUAUGCACACUGAAUAAAAUAGGAAAAGAAAUUGAAGUGUUCCACCAAAAGUCCUCUACCUAAUCUUGUAUGUGUAUAUACAAAGUGCAUGAGAACAAAGCUGGGUUGUGAUUAAAAAACCUAAUGAAAACAAGUUCAUUAUUAUGUAUAAUUAUAGUUUUUAUCUAUUUUAUGUGUUACUUGAAGAAUUUUUUUUUCUAUAUUUAUAUGGUAUUUGAUUUUAUUGAGUUCUUAUAUAUGUGCAAUUGUGUUUUUUUUAUGCAAUGUUAAUUUUAUUGCAUUUAAUUUAUAUACAAUUUGACUUUAUUCGUUUCUUAUUUCUGCGCAAUUCAGAUUUAUCCAUUUCUUACUUAUAUGAGUUUUGAAUAUAUUCUUUUCUUAUUUAUGCGUGAUUUGUAUUUAAUCCCUUUAUUACAUUAUGUAAACUUAGCAUUUAUUGUAAAUUAAUACAUUUUCUUGCAUUUAUUUCUUAAGGUAUAAAAACUGAAGUAGUAAGAAUUGAGUAUUUUUUUAAUAUUUCUCUUUUAUUUAUUUAUUUUAUAAUUUUUCAUUUAAUAUUUUCUGAGACAUUUAUAUGUAUAUAUAUAUAUGAAAACAUAUAUGUAUGAUAAUACAUAAAUAUACACAUACAUGAUAAAUAUAGGUGCACUAAAACAAUCUCCUUAUCAAAGUGAAACUGAUAAUUACCGUAGUUCCGAAUUCAGACUGAAUAGGAAGCAGUUUAUUCAGUUUUUCUUUGUGAUAUGCUGGUCCUAUUCGGCACAGGAUUUCCAUUAUUUUUUUCCACAUAUGUCUGUUUUUAUUUAAGUUGUUUGGCCCCGCCAACUCGAUCAGUUUUCUCGCAAUUUUGCAGGAACAACAAAAUACAUCUAUCAUUAUUGUGUUUCAUAGUUCUUAUAUUAGUUUUCAUUAUUUAAAAAAUAUAUAUAUUUUUUAGUUCUUUUAAAAAUUUAGAAUGGGCAGAUUUUAACUUGAACCGUGCAUUUUUAUUCU